UCCUCUUCCUCCUCCAGAACACAACGCAGAGCCACAACCAGCCUUCCCCACUCCACACACCUUGGCUCGCGUCGAGCACCUGGCAAUGUCGGCUCCCGCACACGCGGCACGCCCAGCAGGCCACCUCCUCCUCUCCUCGUGAGAUCAGCGCGCCGCUCCCCUGCCCCCGUGACCCCUCGCCACCCGGUUCCUCCGACCCUGACCCCCCCUCGCACCCGCAUCUCCUCUGCCCCCCGCCGUCUCGUGGCUCCGACGCUUCCGGCCGGACGCGCGGCUUUGCUGUCCGCGCGGAAUCUGGGUGUCUCGUGCCCCUACCUUCGUGUCCACGGGAUCCGCCGUGAGCGGGCGGACAUCCGGCGAGGGGACGGGCAAUGGCGGCGGCGGCGGCCCCACCGCUCUGCACGUGGCUCGUGGCGGCGGACUGCGGCGCUGAUGAGCACCACCAGCAGCAUCAGAAGCUGUGCUGCGACGGGGGCUCCGGCGCGACGUUCGGCCCGCGCCGCGAGCGCCGCCCCUUCGGGGCGCGGCGGCGCGGCGCGGCCCGCUCUGGAAUGGCCAUGUCUGUUGCCUUGCAGCCUGAAAGGCUAAUCGUUGAGAAGAAGAGACCUGAUGUCAAACAAAGGAGGGUGGUUGUCACUGGCAUGGGCGUGGUAACUCCACUGGGCCAUGAUCCUGAUGUGUUUUACAACAACCUCCUGGAUGGUCGUAGUGGAAUAAGCGAGAUUGAGACGUUUGACUGCUCCAAGUUCCCCACGAGAAUUGCUGGAGAGAUCAAAUCCUUUUCUACGGAAGGUUUUGUUGCACCUAAGUUAGCUAAGCGGAUGGACAAGUUCAUGCUGUAUUUGAUAGCUGCUGGUAAGAAGGCAUUGGAAAAUGGUGGACUCACUGAAGAAGUCAGGAAUGAGUUGGAUAAAACCAGAUGUGGGGUUCUCAUUGGCUCUGCGAUGGGCGGCAUGAAGGUAUUUAAUGAUGCAAUUGAAGCAUUGAGGGUGUCUUACAAGAAAAUGAACCCGUUUUGUGUCCCAUUUGCAACUACUAAUAUGGGUUCUGCAAUACUUGCAAUGGAUCUGGGCUGGAUGGGGCCAAACUACUCUAUUUCCACUGCUUGUGCCACCAGUAACUUCUGUAUCCUCAACGCAGCCAACCAUAUCAGAAGAGGGGAAGCUGAAGUCAUGCUCUGCGGUGGUUCAGACGCACCACUCAUUCCGAUUGGGUUGGGAGGUUUUGUUGCCUGCAGAGCUCUUUCACAGAGGAAUAGCGACCCAACAAAAGCUUCGCGGCCCUGGGAUAUGGGCCGUGAUGGUUUUGUUAUGGGAGAAGGGGCAGGUGUGCUAGUAUUGGAGGAACUUGAGCAUGCUAAGCAAAGAGGUGCAACAAUAUAUGCUGAAUUUCUAGGUGGAAGCUUCACAUGUGAUGCAUACCACAUGACCGAGCCGCAUCCUGAAGGAACAGGGAUCACUCUCUGCAUUGAAAAGGCACUGGCUGAUUCAGGGGCAGCGAGGGAAGAAAUCAACUAUGUGAAUGCCCAUGCAACAUCUACACAAUCAGGCGAUUUGAAGGAGUAUGAAGCCAUCGUUCGUUGUUUUGGCCAGAACCCUCAGCUAAGGGUGAACUCAACAAAAUCAAUGACUGGACAUCUUAUAGGAGCAGCUGGUGGAAUUGAAGCUGUUGCUGUUAUACAAGCUAUAAGAACUGGUUUCGUCCAUCCAAAUCUGAAUUUGGAGAACCCAGAAAAAAUAGUGGACGUGGGCGUGCUGGUGGGAUCAAAGAAGGAGAGAUGUGAAGUGAAGGUGGCUCUGUCAAACUCAUUUGGAUUUGGUGGGCACAACUCAUCAAUUCUGUUUGCCCCUUUGAAGUAAAGCCUGGCCAGUGAUCUGCUUCCUUCUUGUCCAAUUACGCCAUGGAACUGCAACUGGAUAUACAACACUAGUCGACUAGCUGGAGGGCUUCUUCGUGCUGAGAUACUACAUAGCAGUCCGAGCUGAGAAGCACAUGGUAAACCACUUACAGUCGAGCGAAGAAAGUGUUGAGGCUCUCGAGCCCUGCUAUGUUCAUAUGCAUCGCCAUCCAAGUACAUCCCUACUGAAGGUCCGUUCUUCCUUUCGCAAGCGAAGGAUCGUGCGCAGUGUUAGCCUAUGGCCUAUGUUUAUUGUUUGUUCGGUACAGUAUUGUCGGAUAAUCCACCUCUGCUAUAUUUUUCGCUUCGCUGUCUGCCCCUCAUGGGUGCUCUUUCCUAGAUUUGGUGAUGAGAGACCCUUGCAGAGGUGCUGCUGGGAUUUGCUGUUGUAUUCAUGUUCCUUUUCAAUGUGAGGUUUCGUGUUAACCGGCUAAAGUUUUGCGUGUUGACCAAGUACUCAUUGAGCCUUGUUA